GCCCUCACUCCAGCUGCACAGUCCCAAUGGCUCCCGACCCCAGCGGCCGCUGCGUCCUGCUGCUGCUCUUCUGCUGCCUGGUGGCUGCCCAGGCCGACCUGCUGGACCUGAGCUGGCUAUGGCCCAGUAAGGACACCAGCCACACAGCUGCCACGGUCCCCAAGCCCACAGCAGGCCCCACCAUGCUUGUGGCCCCGCAGAAUGGUUCCACAGAGCUAGAGACAGCCCCUGGCAACCCUAAGCCACCCUCAGAGCUGCUGGAAGGCGGCCAGGACACCCCCACUUCUGCCGAGAGCCUGGAUGCACCGGAGAAGAACAUUGCCGGUGUGGGAGCCGAGAUCCUGAACGUGGCCGAAGGCAUCCGGAGCUUUGUCCAGCUGUGGAACGACACUACUCCCACUGAGAGUGAAACGCUGGCCCUCAAGACUCCCGUGGGCCCCCUCGUCCUCCCUGUGCCCUCCGAUGCCCCCUGGGAGAAUGGGACCGUGCUCUGGCCUGGUCAUCGUGCUCCGAGCUCUCCAGGCCCCCACACGACCGAGGCUGGCAUCCUGCCUGCACCCACGCUAUCGCCUCCCUCCCUGGGCAGGCCCCUGGCACCACUCACGGGCCCCCCAGGGCCGCUGCCGUCGUCAGGUAGAGCUUCUCUCUCCUCCUUGCUGGGCAGGGCGCCUCCCUGGGGAAGUGUCUCGGACCUGGAUGGCCAAGGACGCCUGCCCGCUGCCUCCACUCCCGGCACACAGCUCCGACGCCCCAACGUCCGCCCACACACGCCUCUUCUGCAUCCCCUGGUGAUGGGUUUCCUGGGCCACAUGGCCCCCUCUGCCUUCUCCUCUGGCCUCCCGGGUGCCCUGUCUCAGGUUGCAGUCACCACUUUAAUCUGGGACAGCGGUGCUUGGGUGUCCCACGCAGCUACUUCUGUGGGGCCUGGUCUCACUAAUCACUCUGCCCUGCUUGGAGUGGACCCCGAGGCCCCCUCCGGCCACUGCCUGCCCCUGCCGCCCUCCCUGACAGUCUGCGGCCGCCUGGGCUUCUCGCGUUCCUGGCUGCCCAACCACCUCCACCAUGAGAGCGGCGAGCAGGUGCGGGCUGCAGCGCGGGCAUGGGGGGGCCUGCUGCGGACGCACUACCACCCCUUCCUCGCCUGGUUCUUCUGCCUGCUGCUGGCCCCCUGCGGCAGGGUCCCGCUGCCCGCCCCACCGCCCUGCCGUCAGUUCUGCGAGGCCCUGCAGGACGUGUGCUGGAGCCGCCUGGCGGGGGGCCGGCUGCCUGUUGCCUGCACCUCGCUCCCGACCCAGGAGGACGGGUACUGUGUGUUCACUGGGCCGGCUGCAGAGAGCAUCGGCGAGGAGGUGGGGCUGCUGCAGCUCCUCGGGGACCCCCUGCCCCAGCAAGUCACCCAGACAGAAGACCCCGAUGUCGGGCUGGCUUACGUCUUUGGACCAGAUGCCAACAGCGGCCAGGUGGCCCGGUACCACUUCCCCAGCCUCUUCUUCCAUGACUUCUCACUGCUGUUCCACAUCCGGCCAGCCACGGAGGGCCCAGGGGUGCUGUUCGCCAUCACAGACUCGGCGCAGGCAGUGGUCUUGCUGGGCGUGAAGCUCUCUGGGGUGCAAGACGGCCAUCAGGACAUCUCUCUGCUCUACACGGAGCCAGGCGCAAGCCAGACCCACACAGCCGCCAGCUUCCGCCUCCCCACCUUCGUCGGCCAGUGGACGCAGUUAGCGCUGAGCGUGGCCGGUGGCUCCGUGACCCUCUACGUGGACUGUGAGGAGUUUCAGAGAAUGCCACUCGCUCGGUCCUCACGGGGCCUUGAGCUGGAGCGUGGCGCUGGGCUUUUCGUGGCUCAGGCAGGAGGAGCGGACCCUGACAAGUUCCAGGGGAUGAUUGCCGAGCUGAAGGUGCGUGGGGACCCCCAGGUACACUGCCUGGAUGAGGACGAUGACUCGGAUGGGGCAUCCGGAGACUUCGGCAGUGGGCUCGGGGACGCCCGGGAGCCUCUCGGGGUGGAGACGGGCGCAGCGCUAAAACCCAGGCUCCCCACGCCACCCCCGGUCACCGCCCCACCCUUGGCUGGAGGCAGCAGCAUGGAAGAGUCCAGAACUGAAGAAAACGAGGAGCAGACCACGGCGCCUACAUUAGGAGCUCAGACGCUUCCUGGCUCAGAUUCUGUCUCCACGUGGGACGGGAGUGUCCGGACCCCAGGUGGCCGCAUGAAAGAGGGCGGCCUGAAGGGGCAGAAGGGGGAGCCAGGUGUUCCGGGCCUGCCUGGCCGGGCAGGCCCCCCAGGCUCCCCAUGCAUCCCCGGUCCCCCGGGUCCCCCGUGCCCAGUCAGUCCCCAGGGUCCUGCAGGCCCAGCAUUGCAACCUGUCCCCGGACCACAAGGACCUCCGGGGCUGCCGGGCAAGGAUGGCAGCCCGGGAAGGGACGGCAAGCCGGGUGACCCUGGCGAGGAUGGGAAGCCGGGCGACACAGGGCCACAGGGCUUCCCUGGGACCCCAGGGGACAUGGGCCCCAAGGGUGACAAGGGCGACCCCGGGGUUGGAGUGAGAGGGCCCCCAGGACCCCAAGGGCCUCCGGGGCCUCCAGGACCCUCCUUCAGACAUGACAAGCUGACAUUCAUUGACAUGGAGGGGUCUGGUUUUGGUGGUGACCUGGAGGCCCUGCGGGGUCCUCGAGGCUUCCCCGGCCCCCCUGGCCCCCCUGGUGUCCCAGGCCUGCCUGGUGAGCCCGGCCGCUUUGGCAUGAACAGCUCCGACGUCCCAGGACCCGCAGGUCUUCCUGGUGUGCCUGGGCGGGAGGGUCCCCCCGGGAUUCCUGGUCUACCGGGACCCCCAGGCCCUCCAGGAAGAGAGGGGCCCCCAGGAAGGACUGGGCAGAAAGGCAGUCUCGGUGAAGCAGGCGCCCCGGGACUUAAGGGGAGCAAGGGAGACCCCGGUCCCGCUGGUGCUCGAGGGGAGAGCGGCCUCACAGGAGCCCCCGGACCUGCUGGACCACCAGGCCCCCCCGGACCCCCCGGGCCGCCAGGACCAGGACUCCCCGCUGGAUUUGAUGACAUGGAAGGCUCCGGAGGGCCCUUCUGGUUGACAGCCCGAGGCGCUGAUGGGCUGCAGGGACCCCCAGGCCUGCCAGGACUCAAGGGGGAUCCUGGCAUGCCUGGGCCACCGGGGGCCAAGGGAGAAGUUGGAGCAGAUGGAGCCCCUGGGUUCCCCGGCCUCCCCGGCAGAGAGGGCACUGCUGGGCCCCAGGGGCCAAAGGGAGACAGAGGCAGCCGGGGAGAAAAGGGAGAUCCAGGGAAGGACGGAGUCGGGCAGCCAGGCCUCCCUGGCCCCCCUGGACCCCCGGGGCCUGUGGUCUACGUGUCGGAGCAGGACGGAGCCGUCCGGAGCGUGCCGGGAUCCGAGGGCCGGCCCGGCUUCGCAGGCUUUCCUGGACCUGCGGGGCCCAAGGGCGACCUGGGCUCUAAGGGCGAACGAGGCUCCCCGGGACCCAAGGGUGAGAAGGGAGAGCCUGGCAGCAUCUUCAGCCCUGAUGGCAGUGCCCUGGGCCCUGCCCAGAAAGGAGCCAAGGGAGAGCCGGGCUUCCGAGGACCCCCGGGUCCAUAUGGACGGCCUGGGUACAAGGGAGAGAUUGGCUUUCCUGGACGGCCGGGUCGCCCUGGGAUGAAUGGAUUGAAGGGAGAGAAAGGGGAGCCGGGAGACGCCAGCCUUGGAAUUGGCAUGAGGGGAAUGCCCGGGCCCCCGGGGCCUCCAGGACCCCCAGGCCCUCCAGGGACUCCUCUUUACGACAGCAAUGCGUUUGUUGAGUUGAACCGCCCCGGGCGUCCAGGAUUGCCAGGAAAUCGGGGCCCUGCGGGACCCAAGGGCGCCAAAGGAGAAGUGGGCCCCCCCGGACCGCCAGGGCAGUUUCCGUUUGACUUCCUUCAGUUGGAAGCUGAAAUGAAGGGGGAGAAGGGAGACCGAGGUGACGUGGGACAGAAAGGCGAAAGGGGUGAGCUUGGGGGCAGUGGCCCCCCGGGCCCCCCAGGCCCCCCUGGCUACCCUGGGAUUCCAGGUCCCAAGGGAGAGAGCAUCCGGGGCCAGCCCGGCCCACCUGGACCUCAGGGACCCCCUGGCAUCGGCUACGAGGGGCUCCAGGGCCCUCCCGGCCCUCCAGGUCCCCCCGGCCCCCCAGGAGCCCCGUCAUUUCCUGGCCCUCACAGGCAGACCAUCAGCAUUCCCGGCCCUCCGGGCCCUCCUGGGCCCCCUGGGCCCCCUGGAACCAUGGGUGCCUCCUCAGGGGUGAGGCUCUGGGCCACGCGCCAGGCCAUGCUGGGCCAGGUGCACGAGGUGCCCGAGGGCUGGCUCAUCUUCGUGGCCGAGGAGGAGGAGCUCUUCGUCCGUGUGCGGAAUGGCUUCAGGAAGGUCCAGCUGGAAGCCCAGACGCUACUCACACGAGGAUUGGACAACGAAGUGGCCGCCUUACAGCCCCCCGUGGUACAAUUGCAUGACAGCAACCCCCAUCCCUGGAGGGGUCACCCCCGUCCCACUGCGCGGCCCUGGCGGGCAGAUGACAUCCUGGCCAGCCCCCCUCGCCUGCCUGAACCCCAGCCAUACCCCGGAGCCCCACACCACGGCUCCUACGUGCACCUGCGGCCGGCACGCCCCACGAGCCCACCUGCCCAUACCCACCUCAACUUCCAGCCUGUGCUCCACCUGGUCGCACUCAACAGCCCACUGACGGGUAGCAUGCGGGGCAUCCGCGGGGCUGACUUCCAGUGCUUCCAGCAGGCACGGGCUGUGGGGCUGGUGGGCACGUUCCGCGCCUUCCUGUCCUCGCGGCUGCAAGACCUGUACAGCAUCGUGCGCCGUGCUGACCGGGCAGCUGUGCCCAUCGUCAACCUCAAGGACGAGGUGCUGUUCCCCAGCUGGGAGGCUCUGUUCUCAGGCUCAGAGGGCCUGCUGAAGACCGGGGCACGCAUCUUUUCCUUUGAUGGCAAGGACGUCCUGAGGCACCCCACCUGGCCCCAGAAGAGCGUGUGGCAUGGCUCUGACCCCAGCGGGCGCAGGCUGACAGAGAGCUACUGUGAGACGUGGCGGACCGAUGCCCCUUCGGUCACAGGCCAGGCCUCCUCGCUGCUGGGCGGCAGCCUCCUGGGGCAGAAUGCCGCCAGCUGCCACCACGCCUACAUUGUGCUCUGCAUCGAGAACAGCUUCAUGACUGCCUCCAAGUAGCCGCCGCCUGGAUGCGGAGGCUGGGGAGGACGGGCUCGGAGGGAGCCCCCGCUGCGGGCAGGGAGCGGCCGGCUAGCCCCCGCUGCAGGACCUGGCUGGCAUUCUUUCCUGUAUAGUUCACGUGUCAUAUAAUCCUCCAGAAAUAAAAGGAAGCCAAAGAGUGUA